ACCUGGCUGUGACCUUGCCUCUUUUCUCCAGCUCCUGAACUUUUCCUCCUCUGCUCAUGGGCUCUGAGCUCAUCCUUAGUAAACUAACCUGCCCAGGACUCCUGGUCUGCAGUCACCCUGGGUCCACUGAGCUGAUCCAAGUGGCUUGUCUCUGCCCCCUGGUAGUCUGAUGAUCAAGCAUCAUGGAGGUAUCUUCCAGGCCCUCCUCCAACUUCGAUCCAGGCAACUAUGUUGAAGUCAGUGAUUCAACCAUCUACAUACCCUCAGAAGUGGUGAUACAAGAUAUUACUACAGAACUACACUGCCCGCUGUGUAAUGACUGGUUCCAUGAUCCGCUGAUGCUGAGCUGUGGCCACAACUUCUGCCAAGUCUGUAUCCAAAACUACUGGAAGUUGCACACAAAGGAAACGUUCUGUCCUGAGUGUAAGAUGCUAUGCCAAUAUAGCAACUGUACAUUCAACCUUGUGCUGGAGAAGAUGGUAGAGAAGAUUAAGAAGUUACCUCUGCUCAAGGGCCAUCCACAGUGCCCAGAGCAUGGCGACAACCUGAAACUGUUCAGUAAGCCAGAUGGGAAAUUGAUCUGCUUUCAAUGCAAAGAUGCACGGUUGUCUAUGGGGCAGUCUGAAGAGUUCCUGCAAAUUGCUGAUGCUGUCCAUUUCUUUACGGAGGAGCUUGCCAUCUAUCAGAGCCAACUUCAGACAACCCUGAAGGAACUGCAGUCUCUGAGAAAUAUGCAAAAAGAUGCUAUUGCUGCUUACAAGGAAAACAAGCUACAACUGCAACAACACCUUUCCUUGGAGUUUCUAAAGCUGCACCAGUUCCUGCACAACAAAGAAAAGGACAUUCUAAAUGACCUCCAGGAAGAGGGGAAACUCUUGCAUGAGGAGAUGGAGCUGAAUAUGAACCAGCUUCAGGAGCAGUGUCUUCUUGCCAAAGACAUGCUGGUGAACAUUCAGACACGGAUGGAACAGCAGGACUCCUUUGACUUCCUCAAAGACAUCAGGAAGCUCAUAGACAGCAUGGAGCAAGGAAUGAGGGUGCUCGGACCCAGAAAGCUUGUCUCCAGAAAGCUGAACCCAGGCCACUUCAAAGGUCCCAUCCAGUACAUGAUGUGGAGGGAAAUGCAGUCCACUCUCAAUCCAGGCCUAUCUCCAUUAACUCUGGAUCCUAAAACAGCUCAUCCAAAUCUGGUGCUAUCCAAAAACUGGACCAGUGUGUGUCAUGGUGAUAUUAAGCAGGUAAUGCCUGAUGAUCCAGAGAGGUUUGACUCAAGUGUGGCUGUACUGGGCUCAGAAGGCUUCACAACUGGAAAGUGGUACUGGGAAGUAGAAGUAGCAAAGAAGACAAAAUGGACAGUUGGAGUCGUCAGAGAGUCCAUCAUUCGGAAGGGGAGCUGCCCUCUGACUCCUGAGCAAGGAUUCUGGCUUUUAAGACUAAGGAACCAAACUGAUCUAAAGGCUCUAGAUUUGCCUUCUUGUUGUGUGAAACUGGUUGAUCUCAACAGGGUGGGCAUAUACCUGGAUUAUGAGGGAGGGCAGGUAUCCUUCUACAAUGCUCAAACCAUGGCCCAUCUUUACACCUUCAAUAGCAUUUUCAUGGAGAAACUUUAUCCCUACUUCUGUCCCUGCCUCAAUGAUGGUGGAGAGAAUAAAGAACCAUUGCACAUCAUACAUCCACAGUAAUUUUGUCAUACUAUUGUAUAAAUUCAGAGUCUAUUAAAGUACUGAAAUAGUUUACAAAUUU